UUCUGUAGUGAACAUCUGCUUUGAGCAGCAAGGCAAAUUCCUGCAGCAGCUGGGAAAUUUUGGAAAGUGGUCUUUGAACUAAUGCUUUUGUUAUUCUUGCAUUAGCCAUCAUCUGUUAAGCCCUGCCCUUUGCAGCUGUUCAUUCUUCAGGAGCAUCAAGACAGGUUAGAGUGCAAAGUGGAUAAGAGACAUAACCAGCUUCCCUGUCUCACAGAACAGGACCCAUUCCCUCAGCUUUGCCAGUGUAACUGUAUAUUCAGCACUCCAUACAGUUUAAGUUAAUACUUUUAAUAGUGGACAUGGGGAGCUACUAUGAAUGCAGUCAUAGUAGCAGAUCUGUAAUCCCAGGACUCUCUCUACUGCCUCCAGAUUACUUUCCACGACAUUAGGAGAAGCCAAACGAUGACAUUUUGUGAAUGGGAAGAAAUUACAUGAUAAUGGCUAGAGUAAUUGACAGAAUCUGAAAGGAGACAUAUUCACCAAAUAUGGAAGAGGAUAUCAAACCUAUCUUGGUUCCUGUGGGAGGUGAUGAAAGCAAUUAUGGAAUCAUGAAUAUACAGUUUAAUCCAGAAGACUAUAAGUGCAAAAGACCAUUUCACGUGGAGCCCACAAACAUAGUCAGUGUGAAUGAUGACAUGCAAAGAGUCACUGAUGAAGCUUCAGCAAUGAAUAAGCGGAUUCAUUACUACAGCAGGCUCACAUCCCCUGCAGACAGGGCAUUGAUUGCUCCUGAUCAUGUCCUCCCAGCUCCUGAUGAAAUCUACGUGUACAGUCCAUUAGGAACUGCUUUUAAAGUUGACAGUUGCACAGAUGGCUAUGGUAAAAACUCCAGUCUAGUGACAAUAUUUAUGAUAUGGAAUACCAUGAUGGGUACAUCCAUAUUAAGUAUCCCAUGGGGAAUAAAACAGGCAGGCUUCACUUCUGGAAUUGUUCUCAUCUUACUGAUGGGCAUUUUGACUCUUUAUUGCUGUUACAGAGUUGUGAAAUCACGGCAAAUGAUACCUUUAACUGAUACCUCAAACUGGGAAUUCCCAGAUGUUUGCAAGUAUUACUUUGGAUCCUUUGGUCAAUGGUCAAGCCUCUUAUUUUCUAUGGUAUCACUUGUUGGAGCCAUGGUUGUUUAUUGGGUACUUAUGUCCAACUUUCUGUUCAACACAGGGAAAUUUAUAUACAACUUUGUUCAUGACAUUAAUGUAACAGAUAUUGUUCCUGGCACCAAUGGAAGUAACAAAGUCAUUUGUCCAAAUGCUGCUGGUGAUCUCCCACCACAGAACAGGAGUGUGAUGUUCUCUUCUGGCAACAGAACAGGUUUUGAACUCUUUGAGGAAUGGUGGGACAAAUCAAAAACAGUACCAUUUUACCUGAUUGCAGUUCUUCUACCCCUGCUAAAUCUGAAGUCUCCAUCAUUCUUUGCGAAGUUUAAUGUCCUAGGUACAGUUUCAGUUGUCUACUUAGUUUUUCUGGUUACAGUAAAGGCUGCUCAUCUGGGAAUACACUUAGAAUUCAACUGGUUUACAGAGAAUGAAUUUUUUGUACCAGAGUUUAGAAUUCUGUUCCCUCAGCUCACAGGGGUUCUAACACUUGCCUUCUUCAUCCACAAUUGUGUAAUCACACUUCUUCAGAAUAACAGGAAUCAAGAAAACAAUGUGAGAGACCUCUCUAUUGCAUACUUCCUGGUUGGACUAACAUACCUGUAUGUUGGAGUGAUAAUUUUUGCAUCUUUUCCUUCUCCACCAUUAUCCAAAGAAUGCAUUGAACAGAAUUUUCUAGAUAACUUUCCCAGUGAUGACAUCAUGUCAUUUGUUGCAAGAAUAUUCCUGCUGUUCCAAAUGAUGACUGUAUAUCCACUAUUGGGCUAUCUGGCACGAGUUCAGCUGUUAAGACAGUUUUUUGGAAAUGCUUACCCAAGCCUUUUCCAUGUGCUUGUCCUGAACCUAGCCAUUGUAGGAGCUGGAGUAGCAAUGGCAAGAUUUUAUCCAAAUAUAGGAGGUAUCAUAAGAUACUCUGGAGCAACAUGUGGUCUGGCCUUUGUGUUCGUGUAUCCAUCACUCAUCUACAUGAUCUCCCUGCACCGUGCUGGGCAGCUGACAUGGCCCGCACUGAUUAUUCACAUCUUUAUAAUCCUCCUUGGACUGGCUAAUCUGAUUGCACAAUUCCUAUUGUGAAAAUUCCCCUUUCUCCCGUGCUUGUCACAAUUGGUACUGCGAUAUUUGGCAACAGCCUUGAGCAACAGUGAGGCAUGAGGACCAUCCUCCAUCUGAGGAUCUUGGGAAAAGCUUCACCUUUGAAACAAAUUCGAAGCACAUCAUUCAAGUGUUCUACAGGAAACAUGUCUUGCUUCUCUGAAAUCACAGUCUUAUGAGAAGUGAAAUGGAGUUCUCCUGGUUUUGUUGAAGGGAUAUCAAAAAUUAACGACACUGAAAUAUUUUAAUAUUUUACAGCACAUUUCUCCAAACACAGAGCUUCCAGCCUCAAGCUGUGGAAGUCUUUCCUCCGAAUGGGCUGUCCUUACCUUGAUUAGCAGACAUACUUUCUCAGUAUUGUUCAGUGACUCUUUGAAAUAUUCUUUUGUUGCAGUUAUUUUCCUGAUUUGUUUGGAAAAUGAAGAAUUUAUUGUCUCUCUUCUUUUUUUUAGGUUAAUUUAUAGUCACUUGGGUCAAAAUGCACUCUUAAUUUUGAAUACACUAUUAAAUUGUUUUGGCAAUAUUUUUCCUCUAGGAAGUUCCAACAACAAGAAACAAUAAACUCAUGUUUCAGUGUUUUAUUCAGAACCAA